CAAUAAAAAAAUGUGUAUUGUGUAUGUAAUAAACGACAUGUAUACUGUAAUGGUAAAGAUUUAUUUGUGUCCGGAUCACAAAUGUCGUUUAUGUGUCUCUCAUAGGAGAAGAGUUUAAACGAGAAUUGUGUUUUGAGGUUGUCAUGGCACAGACAAAGCCAGAGCCUGGAGACCUUAUUGAAAUCUUCCGAGGCACAUAUCAGCACUGGGCUAUUUAUGUUGGUGAAGGUUAUGUGAUUCACCUGGCACCUCCCUCUGAACAUGCUCAAGCUGGAGCCUACAGUAUGAUUUCAGUAUUAUGUGAUAAAGCCAAAGUGAAGAAAGAAGAGCUUUAUGAAGUAGUUGGCAAUGAUAAAUACUGUAUCAACAAUCUUCUGGAUGAGAAAUAUGAGCCACAUCCUGUUCGAGAGAUUCUACGGGAUGCACACAGACUUUUGGGACACGAACUUCCAUAUUGUGUCUUUAAAGGGAACUGUGAGCACUUUGUUACAGAGCUGAGAUACGGAAAGCCACAUUCCCGACAGGUGCGGAAAGCGGUGGAGAUUGGUGUUGGAGUUGGUCUUGCUGCAGCAGCUACCUUUGCAGUUUUUGCUGCUGUUGCAGCCAUAUUUGGCUCAAAAGACAAACAGAAACAGAACAAAUGAAGACUGGGGAAUGAAGAAGUGAAGGCACAGUUGUGGAAACCUUUGAUAUUUAAAGUCUUUAAAAUGUUAACAUUUUACGGAAAUAAUUUAAACAUUUAAUGUAUUGAUUAGGCAGGCUUAGUUUUAUGAGCACAAAUGGAAAUAUUCCUAAACAGAACAUAAGAGAUUGUCAGCAACCAAACAAAACCCCAUCUGUUCUGUUGUUUGAUAACAGUGGUGCAUUUCGCUACUGACAAAGCUCUCAUUUCACAAUUUUCUCUUUCUACUGGUUUCCUAUUAACGCUUCAAGCACUUUAAUAGUAUAUAAU